UCCGAUACAUAGUGCUGCGAGAAUGGAGAGAUGCGGCGUAAUUCACAAGCUUAUUAACCGUUGUCGUGAUAUGGACGAGUUAGUAGAUAACCAAGGAAGGAAUGUUCUUCAUAUUGCUGUACAGGACAAUAGACCGACGGUCGUUAAGUAUGUUUGUCGGCAUCGAAAGCUUGAGAGAAUGAUGAAUGCAAGGGAUAAUCGAGGGAAUACGCCGCUACAUCUUGCUGUAUCUUCGCAUAACCAAAAAAUAGUGAGCCUAUUAGUGGAAAAUGGAAGUGUACAUCCCAGUAUCAAGAACAAGUGUGGACGAACUCCUCUAGAUCUUGCGAUAAUUGAGAUCGACUAUGGCUUAAUCUCAAUACAGAACCCGCAAGUCUGGAUUUUCCACUGCUUACAACAGAUUGGUGCCAUCUGCGGCCCUCAACGACUGGAUCGCUUAAUAUAUGAAAACAUCACCGUACCAAAUCUCGAGAACGAACUAAAGAAGUACGAGAGCACAGCUCAAAAUCUAGUAAUUGUCUCAGUGCUUAUCGCCACCGUGACAUUCGCUGCAGAUUUCACCAUGCCUGGGGGUAACAUAGCCGACGACCACCAAAACGGAGGCACGCCAACUCUAGCAAGAAAAUUUGCUUUCAAGGCCUUCAUAGUCGCAGAUUUCGUCGCGUUUCUUUGCUCCAUUAUGGCUACAAUUUGGCUCAUGUAUGCUGGCUCACUUGCCAUACAUCCUUCUCGUCAGGCAAAACUCAUUCUGCGGUCCGAAAACUUCAUAUACGUAGCGGCGCAAAGUAUGAUGGCGACAUUCGCAUUGUCCGCGUACUUGGUGCUGGCCCCAGUUAACAUUCUCGUCGCCCUUGCUGUCUGCGUAUUCGCUUUUCCUUCGGUCUUAUUAUGCAAUCCAGAAUUUCGGCAGCGGUUUCGUCUCGCAGUGACGCUAAAGAGAAGACUAGGAUGGUCGGCGAUGUGCGAAGCCCGAUUAAUAGGGCGACCUUUCGGACUUGCUACGAAGAGUUUUAACUGGUUCAUCUUCCGGCCGAUAGUGUGUUAUUUGCUAGUAUAUAUAUUCAUCUUUGGGUUCGGUGCUGUAAUAAGUGUUUGA